AUGGCGGCGGAGGACGAGGGGGAGGAGGAGGCGGGUUUCUUGGAUGGGGUCGUUACCGCCAUCCCGCGGGUAGAGGUAGUUCGCGUGUCCGGGACCAUCUGCUGCGCGGAGUACCAGCUGCAGGUCAAGAGGAGGCGAGGGGAUAGCUGGUUCGUAUUGCGACGAUAUUCGGACUUCUUGACGCUCUAUGAGCGCCUCCCGAGCGACCUUCAUGCUCCAAUACCCCCCAAGAGCUGGCGGAGUAUUUCGUUCCUCAGCAUGACGCCGGAGUUUCUGGAGGAGCGGAGGGUGGCCCUCGAGGUGGCCCUCCGCAGGCUCGCCAUCAGCGCUGUCCAAUCAGACGUCGUCGUGCAGGCUGACCUGAGAGCCUUCCUGGGGUUUCCACCCUGCGGGGGGGCGGGAAGGCUCGCCGGGGUCGACUCUCACGUGGCCCGGUACCUGAUCAGGCUGCCGGUGGACCUGGAGUUGUCGCUGCCGGCGAGGGCCAUGGCGCCGGUGCCCCUGUUGCCCAACCUCCGCGUCGCGAUGUGGAUGCUGCUCUCCGGAGCGGCUCACAAGGCAUCCAUCGCCGAAGACCGGGAGCAAUACGCCGCUCUCGUCAGCGUUACUGACGAGGCAGAUUGGUGCCGCCGGGGGGGCUCCGCGAAAGACUACUCCCUGGCGGCUCGCGCCCUCGAAACGAUCCGGUCGGACGUGAACCGGACCAACGUCUCGAGCAGCGCCGAGCGGGAGAGAAUGCGGCGGGUCUUGAGGGCGUUCGCUCUCAAGGAGCCCAGGACGGCCUACUGCCAGGGGAUGAACUCGGUGGCGCUCUUCCUCCUGAGGACGGCCGGCGGGCGCGAGGACGUGGCAUUCUGGCUGCUGGUUUCCUUGGCGACAGACGUGAUUCGCGGCCACUGGGAGCAGCUCUCUCAUAUCGCUACUGCUGGUGCCGGGACUGUCACCAUCAGGAUGCUGCUGGGAGAGAGAACGCCGGACCUGCUCGAGCACCUGGACCGCAACCUCCCCCCCGAGGUGCUGCUGUGCGACUUCAUGCUCUCGCUAGGGUGCAGGAGCCUGCCCCCGACCACGCUCUGGAGGUGCUUCGACUUGAUCUUCUCCGAGGGGGGCGAUGCCCUCGUUUACAUCGCGUUCGCGGUGCUGCACCUGGCGGAGGGAAAUCUUGUCGUGGUGCAGGGAGCCCCGGCGACGUCGGAGGCACUGGCCAAUUGCACGGCUUCCAUGCAGGACGCGGACCGCUUGAUAGAGAUCGCGAGGUCGGAGAUGGCGAGAGGCGUCGACCACUCAGGGUCCGGCACGGCCUCAGCCGAUGACAGACCGCCGCCGUUCGGCGUAUCAGCCCCGUUCAGUCGGCAUAGGCCCCCAUGA